AUGUUACACGUUGUUUCGUUGGGCGAGCUCGUUGGUGAUCCACGGUUCUUCCGGCAGCACACCCACGGGAUGAUGCCGUAUCCCGUGGGCUACACUAUUGAGCGGAGCGUCUUCAUGGGUGCUGACGCGGUUGGCCGUAUUGUCCGAACCAAGGUGGUGCUUCCGGGUGAGGCGGACGCCAAAGCACACGUCGACGGUGUAUACUACACGGCUUCGAUUAAACGUGGCGUGGACGGUGGCCCAUUGUUUCAAGUCACGCGCAGCGAUAAGCCGGAUGAGGUUCACAGCAGCAAUAAUCCCUCGUCUGCGUGGCGUGGGGCCUUCGAGGCGGCGGAGCGGGACUUUCCCACCCGACUGAGUGAGUUGCUGGGGGAGAAGCGUGACGCGCAGGGCACCAUGACGGUGCAGGGGCAAAAAUGGUACGGCCUGGCCCUCGAUAACAUUCUGGCGCAGUUGAAGAUGCUGCCUGGUGCCAGCGCUGUUUUUGAGAGGGAUAAAGGCACCCGCCGUUCUCUGAAGAAAGUUACGAAGUCACGAGCGGGAAGCUCCUCCUCUACCGCCGCUGCAACUGAGACACCUAGGACUAGAAGAAGUCCACGUGCAAAGGUUACUGCUGGGAGUUCUCAGGAGAACACCCCUGCAGAUGAGAAGCCAACUACGCUCAAAAAACGGCGGGGCAAUACGAAAGGUGGUAGUCCCGAAAUCGAUGUUGAUGAUGUUCCGUUUGCCGUUUUAGCGGCUGGAAAGAAUACGGGGGUAGUGCAGCCGUGCCCCCAGUGUGGUCUUACGACUACAUUUUGUCCAUUGACUGGCAACCCCCACGCAGUUGCCGAGCAGCAGCGCCGUCGGGGGUCCAUGCAGAGGGAAACAGCGGGAAAGACCGCUACGCACGCAUCACGAAAGGGUUCUACAUCGCCAAACGCAGGCGAAAAGUCGCCGCGACAGGCGACACGAAAGCGCUCGCGUGCCGGUGAUGUGAAGGAGGGAGUCGAUGCAGCUGCCGAUGUAACUGAAGGGGGCGAAAAGAAAUCUGAGAGGCGGAUGAAGGCUCCAAAGACGGAGGGGCCAUCGGCACCAGCUGGUCGUCGUGGCAAACGGCAGCUGCAGCUUCAGUUGCAGCCACAGUCACAGAGGCAGGAGGAGGGCGAAGCGGAGUUUUCUGAUCCAGACGACGUGCCAUUGGCGCUGCGUCUUGCGAACAGCGUGAUGGCGACACCGCCACCGCCACCGCCACCGCCACCACCUCCGCUGUGGAGGCCGCCACUCGCGACUCCGGAGUCCCAUAAGGCGGUGCAGGUGCUGCAGCGCCUCAUCCGAGCGGAGGAGAUUAUCCACAUUCCGUUCACAUCGCAGCUGCGCCUCCCUCAGGUCGCUCCUGCAAAGCCUCGGGUGCUGCGAAAGAAGGGAAGCGACAAGGACGCUGAGGCUGACCAGCGGGAGGCGGACGCCGGCACGGCUGUUGACGAAGACGCUGCUGCUGCUAAUGCGACUGCCAAAACAGCCAAAAACAAGAAGUCUGAUGAGGGGAACGAGCGGCAUCCGCUUGACAUCGUGGAAGCGGCAACCAGUCUCGCGGGGAAGCGCUACGUGAAGUUCAUGCAGCUGUACACAAGUGAGCGGACAAAGAUGGAUCUUCUUAGGAAAGCCGACGCCGUUCCAGCGAUUCCAAGAACACGCAGUGCCUCUAAAAAGCAGACGGACAAUAGCGAUGCGGCUCCUCCUCCUCCUCCUCCUCCUCUUGCUACAAUCCAGACCGAUGAAGAGGGCGUCAAGGAGGAGCAGGAACUGCAACAGAACUAA